AUGGGCAAAAGCCAGCGGCAAAAGGAGCUGGCAAAGCUGCAAAAAAAAUGGUAUAAUUAUACUCAGGAGUAUCACACUAGGCAGCAGGCUGGACGUCAACAUGCUGCAGAUGCACGAUUGGCCGAGGAAACAGGCGACAACCAAAUUCUUCGCCAUAAACAUCAAUCAUAUACCAUCAGAGGACCUAGUCAACUUCUCCGGUUGGAAGGCCAUGGCGACUACAUGUUCACUGAAGUCUGUCCGGGCAGCAGUGAAUGCAAUGGUUGCCCUGAGUAUCGGUGUCGGGAUUGUUUUGGCACAGCUCUCUAUUGCAAGGACUGCACAGUUUCAAGGCACCGAGAAAGUCCGCUACACAGAAUCCAGGUAAUUAUGAAGCACUGGGAUGACAGGCAUUUUAAAUGCACUAGCCUGAAAGACCUCGGUCUCCAGAUACAACUCGGCCAUCCAGUUUGGGGGAGAUGUUGCAACCCAUCGCCAGCGUUUCACGACGAUUUUGUCGUUCUGGAUGUGAACGGUGUUCACCCGGUUGCUAUUGACUUCUGCGCCUGUAAAACUGCUCAGUCUUCUACCACCCAGCUUCUCCACGCCCGUUGGUUCCCAGCGACAACUAUAGACCCCAGAACUGCCGCCACUUUCCGCCUACUUCACCAUUUUCACAUUCUCACUUUCAAAUCGAAGGCAUCUGCCUUUGAAGUCUGGCAGACGCUCUCCAGGCUUACGGAUAAUACAGGUCUCAGUGCUCCGAAGGAUCGCUAUGAAGCGUUAUUGAGAAUGGUUAGAGAGUGGCGAAAUUUGACGCUUCUCAAGCGGUUUUGGCGAGGACAUGACCCUGCAGGUGUUGGUGCCACCCUGGAAGGAUCUUGCACAGUCAUUUGUCCAGCAUGUCCUCAAGCCAGUAAAAACUUACCGCAGGGUUGGGAAGACGCCCCUCCAGAAGUUCGAUGGCACUAUGGACUUUUCCUCACAAUCGAUGCGAACUUCCGUUUAGCGCGGAAGAACGUGUCCUCAGACAGCGUUGACCCCAGUCUUAGCAAGGGGUGGGCAUAUUUUGUCAAGGAAGAUGGAUACAAAGCAUUCCUUCAGGAUGUUAGCAAGGAGCCACAAGAGAAAAGCACUUGUGUAAGCCACAGCACUGUCAAUCUAGCAGAAACCAAGAAUUCCCAUGGCCUCACAGCAACAGGAGCCGGGACUGUUGACUGCGCACGUCACAACUUCAAACAGCCAUGCGCUGUUGGCAAUCUUCAGAAAGGAGAGAAAUAUAUUAACAUGGAUUUCUUAUUCUUCUCGACGAUGCAGCAUGCCAAGGACCUUGUUACCUUGAAUGUCUCAUACGACAUAGCCUGUCAAUGGAGCAAACAUCUGUGGGAACGCAUGGCUCGGUACCCCAAUUGGAUGCAUGUCGAACAUGGCGGCAAAAUCACGACAUUUCUGGUUCCAAAGUUUCACUUGCCCGCUCAUAUUUUUUCAUGUCAAAUCACCUACUCACACAAUCUGGUUAAAGGCAUGGGCCGUACUGACGGUGAAGCUCUGGAGCGCGGGUGGGCAAACAUUAACCCUGUUGCUACCUCCACACGCGAAAUGGGCCUGGGUACCAGUCUAUUACGAAAACUAAAGGCUGCUAUACCAGAACAUUACCAACAUCAGCGGGACUUCGAUGAAUUCAAUGAGACACUCAUUACUGAACGUCCGGAAGAGGUAGGAAGAUGGAAACAGGGAGUCAAGGAAUGGGAAGCAGACAUGUCAGCAACAAACCCUUUCAGCCCAAUGACAGCAAACGUGACACAGGCAUCAGUCAGGUUGACCCUCUCUCAGGAAGAGAGUGAGGAGCUCGAGUGCGGCAUCAACAAUUCCCUCCACAAUGAAAUAUCGCCAGCCUGUUUGAAGCUGCAAGAUUGCAUGAAUGUACUGCAGCGCAAGGUUGAUCAGUGGUGUCAAGUUCAGGUUCUGUACAUGCCCUCUGUGGCCCCCAUCAGAGCUGCCCAAAGUACCGACAUGUCAAUCAAGGAGAAGGCACAUCAAAUCAGGUUAUUCCUCCCUUCUCAGCUCAAGGAGCACACACCAGAUGCUAUCUGUGACAAACGACUUUGCCGGUUCGAAUGGGAACUGCGCUGUGCGCAAGCGUUCGAUGCAUUGAACGACCUCCGCCAGCAUCUCCUUCUUCGUACCCACCUGUAUAAAUUCAAGAAUGUCAAUAUCUGGGGUCAGCGAGCCAACACAUGCGCCGCUACCGUGUUAGGAAAGGUCGAGCGCAAUGUCACAGAGGCUGGUGAAAGGUACCGUCGUGCGCGAACCGCAUUAAACUACCUAUGUGGAACACUUGCAGAGGAUGGCUGGCAGUAG